GCAUGUCUUCGGAUCCAGGUGGCCGGUGUCCUUAUCCAGUCUCCUCAGCUCGACAUCAAUACCGUUGCUGCCGGUGGUGGUUCCAUCCUGUCAUGGCGUAACGGCCUCUUCUACGUCGGUCCUGAGUCGGCGUCGGCCCAUCCGGGUCCUGCCUGCUACCGCAAAGGCGGUCCUCUGACCGUCACCGACGCCAACCUGUUCCUCGGCCGACUGCUGCCAGAAUACUUCCCUCACAUCUUCGGACCCAAUGAAGACCAGCCCCUUGACAUUGAGAUUACGACCAAGCUCUUUAACGAAUUAACGCAGAAGAUAAACACCGAGAGAAAGGAGAAGGGCCAAUCGGAGUUCACAGCGGAGGAGGUGGCACUAGGUUUCCUGAAGGUUGCGGAUGAGUCGAUGGCUCGUCCUAUCCGCAACCUGACGGAAGCUCGCGGUUUCGAAACUGCGUCCCACCACCUCGCAUGCUUUGGCGGUGCUGGUGGUCAACACGCUUGUACCGUUGCGGCAUCCUUGGGAAUCUCCCGCGUUAUCAUCCACAAGUUCUCCUCUGUCCUUUCGGCGUACGGCUUGGCGCUGGCUGAGGUGGUCAAGGAAUCGCAAGAGCCGGUCUCCACUGAGUACUCGACCUCCCAGUCGACACUUGACAAGCGCUUCGAAGCUAUGAUCAAGGCGUCUACUGAAGACAUGCAGGAGCAAGGCUUUUCGGCUGACCAAGUUCGCCACGACCUGUAUCUUAACUUGCGCUAUGAGGGUUCAGAUACCAGUUUGAUGAUCUUGAAGCCUGAGGAUGACUCCGAUUUCCUCGAGCAAUUCCGUGCCAGACACCGCAGAGAAUUCGGGUUCAACUCUGACAGAGCAGUUCUGGUGGAUGAUAUUCGUGUCCGCACGAUUGCCUGCUCAAAGGUCCGGACGGAAAAGAGCCCCCUUGUGCAACUGAGGGAAGCUACCCUGAAGGAUGUCAGCAGAGGUCCGGACAACAUCUCCAAGGCGUACUUUGACGGUCAAUCCGAGCGGAUCGAUACUCCUGUCUAUCUCUUGGACAAGCUCGAGAAGAAUAGCCGUGUGCAUGGCCCUGCAGUUAUCAUUGACGAGACACAAACCGUCGUGGUGGCCCCGAAUGCCGUCGCUAGUAUUCUAGAGACCUGCAUAGUCAUCGACCUCGAGGAACUCCCUAAUGUCAAUGGCAUUGAGGGUGGGUCCUCAGGUAUUGACCCCAUCCGGCUCAGUAUCUUCGGCCAUCGUUUCAUGUCUAUUGCCGAACAGAUGGGUCGCACGCUCCAGAAGACCUCCGUAUCUACAAACAUCAAGGAGCGUCUCGACUUCUCUUGCGCCCUUUUCUCUCCCGAUGGAGGUCUUGUAGCCAACGCACCGCACGUUCCGGUGCAUCUUGGCUCCAUGCAAUUUGCGGUCCGCUACCAGCACCAGAAGUGGCUCGGUAAUUUGCAUGACGGUGAUGUACUAGUAGCAAACCAUCCUAGCAGCGGUGGCACACACUUGCCUGAUAUCACUGUCAUUACACCCGUCUUCGACCGACCGGGUGGCACCGAGAUCAUGUUCUAUGUGGCUUCCCGUGGCCACCACGCAGAUAUUGGCGGCAUCCUUCCAGGCUCAAUGCCACCAAAGUCCACCGAGCUCUGGCAGGAGGGUGCUGCAAUUGAAGGCGACAAAAUCGUCAGCAACGGUGUCUUUGAUGAGGAGCGCAUGAUGGAGCUGUUGGUUCACAAGCCGGCCCAGUACGAAGGCUGCUCAGGAGCCAGAUGCGUCAGCGAUAACCUGUCUGACUUGAAAGCACAAAUUGCAGCCAACACCCGCGGUAUCUCGCUGAUCCAAGCCUUGUUUGCGGAAUACGGAGUCGAGACAGUGCAGAAGUACAUGUAUGCUAUUCAAGCCACCGCUGAGACAGCAGUGCGCAACCUUCUCAAGGACCUCCACAAGAAGUUCGGCGGUCAACCAUUGGAGGCAGUCGACUACAUGGACGACGGUACUCCGAUCAAGCUGAAGGUCACUAUCAACGGCUCGGAUGGUUCCGCUGUGUUCGACUUUGACGGUACCGGUCCUGAGGUAUACGGCGGAUGGAACGCACCCAUCGCCAUCACCCACUCGGCCAUCAUCUACUGCCUGCGCUGCAUGAUCAACGCAGACAUGCCCCUGAACCAGGGCUGCCUGGCACCUAUCGACAUCCAAGUCCCCUCUCCUAGCAUCCUGUCCCCUACCAAGUCUGCCGCUGUGGUCGGUGGAAACGUGGUAACCUCUCAGCGUAUCACCGACGUUGUGCUCAAAGCCUUCCGCGCCUGUGCCGCCUCCCAAGGAUGCUGUAACAACCUGACCUUUGGCACCAACUCCAAGCGUGACCCUGAAACCGGCGAGACUAUCCCUGGUUUCGGCUACUACGAGACCAUCGCCGGAGGCAGCGGUGCCGGUCCCACUUGGAGCGGCGAGUCCGGUAUCCACGUGCACAUGACCAACACGCGUAUCACCGACCCGGAGAUUCUGGAGAAGCGCUACCCGACACUUCUUCGACAGUUCACCCUUCGGGAGGGAUCCGGUGGAAAGGGAAAGAACCCUGGUGGCGACGGUGUUGUUAGAGAUAUCGAGUUCCUCUCGCCGAUGGAAGUCUCCAUUCUCUCUGAGCGUCGUGUAUACCGCCCGUACGGACUCGAGGGUGGCGAGGAUGCGCAGCCCGGAAUGAACCUUUGGGUCACGAAGGACGUGGAUACGGGUGUGGAGCGCGUGGUCAAUAUCGGAGGAAAGAACACGGUGUCUAUGAAGACGCAUGAUCGCAUUGUAAUUAACACUGCUGGUGGAGGUGGAUGGGGAGCUGUAUCUGCAUGA